CGCCAUCGGGCGGCGUUGCCUGGCGAUCUUGACGAGAUCACCGGCAGCGGCACCACCGAUCCGAUCCCCCUCGGAGACUCAAGAAGAUCGGUAUAGGUGACGGACAUAUAUGCGGCCGAUAUAUACUCCCUCCCUGCUCCGCACGCCUCCCUCCAACUCCAAGUCCCAAAUCAACCACUCCAACCAGGCCGGACCGAUCCCCUGCUCCAAUUCCUAGAUAAAUCGGCUUCCGCUUCCGCAGUCCCCUUCCUCGCCCCACUAGGCCUCGACUGACGCAGCGAGGGAGAGCGGAUCGGCCGGGGACGGCGGCGAUGGGGAACGCGUCGUCGAUGCUGACGCAGUACGACAUCGAGGAGGUGCAGGAGCACUGCAGCUACCUAUUCUCGCAGCAGGAGAUCGUGUCGCUGUACGAGCGCUUCUGCCAGCUCGACCGCAGCGCCAAGGGGUUCGUCUCCGAGGACGAGUUCCUCUCCAUCCCGGAGUUCUCCACCAACCCGCUCUCCAAGAGGUUGUUACGUAUGGUUGAUGGAUUGAACUUCAAGGAAUUUGUUUCUUUUCUCUCUACCUUCAGCGCAAGGGCCAGCCUUCAGCAAAAGAUUGAGUUGAUAUUUAAGGUGUAUGACAUUGAUGGCAAGGGGAAAGUAUCCUUCAAGGACCUGGUAGAGGUUUUACGGGACCUAACGGGCUCAUCCAUGUCAGAGCAACAAAGAGAGCAAGUACUAACAAAGGUGUUGGAAGAAGCCGGGUACACACAGGAUUCCACGCUAGCAUUAGAAGAUUUCGUGACGAUCAUCGACCACCCUGGCCUGAAGAUGGAGGUGGAAGUGCCCAUCGACUAAGUGAACGGCGAAUGCGGAUUUGAGCAGACGAGGACGCAAGAAGCUCUCUCUGUCUGCUGGAAACAAGUGUCCAUAGCCAAUAGAGCGUGUGACAGAAUAGAGUGGGAGCUCAGCGUUUGAGCUCUUGUGUGCCUGUCUACACACAUGCCCAAAUCUUACUAGUUUUGUUAAUAGUGCAAUUCAGCGUCACUUUAGUCCAUUUUUCUUUCUGGUUUGAGGGGAUUAAUUAUUGCAUGCAGUGUCAUUGUAGAGUGAAUCCUGUUACAGUUUCCAGACUUUGAAAACAGACUUGGGACUUGUUUACGGGAUCA